CCAUCAAACCAUCCGCAUCACAUCAACAACUCACCCAAAACCACCCUUUUCACAAAACACUUGAUCUCUUCAUCAUGGAUCUCCAAGGACAGCCCAUCCCCCCUGGCCAGCGCAGCACCAAGGUCACCUCCGACCCCGAACGCUAUGAGCAGCCCAUCAACGAGCCCUCGGGCCCGGUCACCAACGACUCCCUUGCAGCCGAGUCAGCCACCAAGGGCGGCGCCUACUCCCAGAACCGCGGGGCCCAGCCUAUGGGCGUCUCCGGCAAGAACUCCACCGUCACCAACACCGACACCUCGAGCGCCCGCAAGAUCGACCCCGACCACCGCGACACCCAAGACAAGUACCCGGAGGCCCUAGGCGGCCAGGGCAACUUCCCUGGCGCCCAUCUCCCGGAGUCCGGCUACACUGGCGGCUCGACGGCCGCCAAGCAGGAGCUAGGCCUCAACAAGGGCGAGUACUCUGCUGCUGGGAAGCAGCAGCAGCAGCCGCAGCAGAAGAACACCGAUCAGAUCCACCCCCACCAGCACCAGCCCAGGCACCCCGUUGGCCAGCAACAGAAGCAAACCGGUGCUCCCGCCAGCGGCAGCGGCUACCAAGGCGGCGUGGCCCCCUCCUACGUCCAGGACGUCCUCCACAACCUGGGCAACACCAAGCCCAAGGGCACCAACCUCAAGGAGGGCGACAUCCCCGACGACGCCCCCAACGCCAGCUACACCACUGACAUCGGUAGCGAGAACGACCCCGGCCGUCUCGCACAGGGUGGCUUCCAGCUGAGGUCGGCGGAGAGCGGGCCCGCUGGCACCUCGGCCGGCCGCCAGAAAGGUGUCGACAACGAGCAGCCAUUCCAGGCUCUGCAGUCCGACCAGCGCGCUUAGGUUAUGGAGCAUGAUGGGAUGAAAUUUUACGAUAAAAGCGAAGCGGGUUUCCUUGAUAUGAAUUUGUAUACUUGAGAGCCUCAACAAGUAUGAAAUUAGGGCUAAUAUGAGAUUUGCGAAGACUGGGUCCGUCGCAAUCUCUCAAUGAAUUGUAUUUUUACAUUAUUGGACGCGAAUACGAGACUGUCUAGGAU